CACAAAUUCGUUUGCUCUUCUCUUGCGGAAGGGCCGUCAUCCCGGAAGCGCGUGUUUAUUUGUUGAAACUUUAUUAAGAACAGACAAAUCUUUACCAGUAUCUAGCAAUAAAGGUUCGGCUCGGGUUCUAAAUUAGUAUGAGCAUCAAUGUAUGCUUAAAGGGUUGCAGUGUCGACAUUUUACUGUAAAGAGACAUUUGCUUUGCUAGCGAGAAGUAAACAGUCACCUAACGUUAGCUUGCCAGCUACAGUAUGUCCAGCGAGGCAGUCUUAACUGUUCGCUUGGUAAGGUCUUUUGAGCACCGAAAUUUCAAGCCAGUUGUAUUUAGUGGCGUGAAUUUAGAUCAAACGGUCCAGGAAUUUAUCCAGUUUGUGAAAAAUGAAGUUACCAUGAGAGCCGGUUUACCACCCCCCUUCAAGAAUUUUGGCUACGACACAAUGAAGAUCAUCCACCAGGCACAUGGAGCAAAGACGAAUGAGUUGGUGAUGAGUUUGGAGGAUGAUGACAAGCUUAUUCUGCAAGAUGGACUAACCCUAAGAGAUGCGGGCAUUGCCUUAUUCUAAAAUGGAAUAAUAAAAAUAAAAUCUGAGCCAUGAGGUUGAAGCAAUUGUCCUUAGAGCUCUGAGACAAGUUUGUCGAGGCACAGAACUGAGGAAGGGUACCAAAACAUUUCUGCAGCAGUUUGGAACCACCAAGACUAUUCCUAGAGCUCGCUGCCCGGCCAAACUGAGCAAUCUGGGGAGAAGGGCCUUGGUUAGGGAGGUGACCAAGAACCCCAUGGUCACUCUGACUGAGCUCCAGAGUUCCUCUGUGGAGAUAUGAGAACGUUCCAGAAGGACAACCAUCUCUGCAGCACUCCACCAAUCAGACCUUUAUGGUAGAGUGGCAAGACGGAAGCCACUCCUCAGUAAAUUGCACAUGACAGCCUGCUUGGAGUUUGCCAAAAGGCACCUGAAGGACUCUUAGACUAUGAGAAACAAGAUUAUCCACAGAGGAACUAUAGCUCUGUCAGUGACCAUCGUGUUCUUGGUCACCUCUCUAACCAAGGCCCUUCUCCCCCAAUUGCUCAGUUUGGCUGGGCGGGGAGCUCUAGGAAUAGUCCCUUUCCCCCAUGAAGCUGGUUGAGAGAAUGCAAAGCUGUCAAAGGCAAAGGGUGGCUACUUUGAAGAAUCUCAAAUAUAAAAUAUAUUUGGAUUUGUUUAACACUUUUUUUGUUGUUUGGUUACAUGAUUCCAUGUGUUAGCUCAUAGUUUUGAUGUCUUCACUAUUUAAAAAAAAUAGUAAAAAACAAAGAAAAACCCUGGAAUGAGUAUGUGUCCAAACUUUUGACUAGUACUGUAUGUGUAUUUGGAAAGUAUUCAGACCCCUUGACUUAUUUUGUUUGCAAGUGUUUUAAAAAUAAAAAAGAUACCUUAUUUACAUAA